UUUGCCUCCGGAGAAGCCACGCCCCUCGCCCUCCCUCGGAGCGACGUCAACCGCCCGAAGGCGACUUUCAAAACGGACCAAUCGCGGCGCGGGAAGGGCGAAAAACAACAGUCGCUGCGGCCAAUGACGAGAGGGAAACUCAACGUCCCUCCGGUACGCCCUCGCUGAUUGGCCGCCGAGGCUCCCGUCCCCCCAAGAUGGCGGCGCCCAGCAGAAGGGAGGACAGCGCUCGAAGCGGAGGCGUCUGAGGCGCUUGAAGGGGCGGUGGUCGCUUGCGCCCCUCGCGGCGGGCAAGGAGGCAGCCCCCACCCCUGUUUGGCGAAGCGGGGACGAGGCUGCGGCCUUCCGCGCUCCACGACGUGAGGGGGACGCCCCCCCUCGGGGGGGAGGGGGUUCCCGCGCGCCCUCCCCUCCCCCACCCAGCCCCCCCUCCUCAGGAUUUUAGGGGCUCCCUUCUUGGUCCCCUCCCUCGAAGGACCCCCCUUUUUUUUUUCUGACCCAGGGCAUGAGCUGCAAAACACCCCCUCCCCCUCUUUGAAAGGGGUCCCUGAACUGAAUUAAAAGGCUGAAAGCAAGAAAGACAAAUAUUCCAAAUAUAUUUUCAGCAAGGAAGACCCCCCCCUCGAGGGGGGCAAGAAGAGGGAGGAAAAAGCAUCCCCCCCACCCUGAUUUGGUGGGGGGGUCUUGCCCAGGCUUCCAUGGAUGGGGCUUAGUGUUUUGCAAGCCCCCCCAUCCCUCCCCACUGUCUCAAUUUGGGGCGAGGACUGGUGACUCUUUGGGGGAGAGGAAUUGUCCAAUUGUCCACCCGAGUGAGGCUUAUCCACCUCCCAAAUUCGGACUGGCCGGCCUGCUUGCCCCUUGAUGCCCAGUGAGUAAAGACUUUUGCAGGACUUGGUUGCCAAAGCAUUUUUUCCCUCUUAAGGUACAAAAUUAGGGAGCCAAACGCACACGCGCCUCUCCUUCCAGCUCCCUUUACGAAGCCGCCGUGAAGUUGGCGGUUCUUGGCCUUGAUCGAUUCUUUGAGAGCCCCGUGAUGGAUCUAGUAUUCCUGGUGAUCAACGGCAUGGGGAUGGUGUUGGAUCUGCUGGUAAUCCUGCUGGACAUCAACUUCUUCCUCGUUUCCAGCUUCCUCUCCGUCUUGAUCUGGCUCCUCGCCUUCAUUUACAACCUGCCCAAUGCCACGGUGGCCUGUCUGGGCCAGUUCUGGAACGGGAUCCUGGUCGUCGUGUUAUGCAUCGCGGAGGCCUUGUACUACUUGACUCUGGGCUCCGUGCACGCUGUCCUCAACUUGUUGAGGGGACUCUGCUCCAGCAUGGAGAGUUUGAAAGUCCUGGGCCACCUGUUCACCCACCUGGGCUUGAGAAGCAAAGAAAUUGUGCACCGAGGCUUCUGGAACCUGAUUGGCUCUGGUCAGACGCUUCUGAGACAGAUGUGCGAAGUCUGUGCCAUAGCUAUGAGCCUUGUGGCUUACUUCAUCAACAGCAUAAUCAACAUUUGCCUCAUUGGGACUCAGAACCUUUUUGGUGUGGGGCUGGCCCUUUGGGACACUAUAGUUGGCCCCUUUCUGAGGAUCACAGACCUCCUGGUUGCCUUUCUCGCUCGCCUCUCCAGCAGUGCCAUUGCUACAGCCAUUCUCCUGUGGACUCCCUGCCAGCUGGCUGUUGAUCUCCUGGCCUCAGUGAGCAAGCUGUUGAUCAAUGUCUUCUUUGUCAACCUGUACGGCAUGGUGUUACUCUCUGCAAUUCUUGUCACCAGCAUCUUCAUCCUGAACCCUCAGCUGACUUGGACCCUGGCAAACCAAGUGGCCGGCUAUUUGAACACGAUGCCUUCCUACCAUCGCUUGCUCAGGGACAUGCAACGCCUUUAUCACAUCGUGCUCUUGUCCCUGGAGAUGCUGUUGAGCUCCCAGAUGUGGCGUAGGUUGGCAGACUGGGGUCUUGAGGUGCUCAGUUGGAACAGGAACAUCUGGGCAGGUAACCAGCAGGCAGAACGAGAACCGCCGCUGGUGCUUGAAGCUCCGCAAGAAAGGGCAGGGGGAGCUGCUGUGGGACAGAGAGUGGCUCUAGAAGAACCGUAUCCACGAAGACAAGGACCAACUGGGACCCAACGUCCCCGCCAAAGAGGCAGCAGGGACCAGACCAGAACAGACAAUGAUCUGAGAACAGCCACACAACAGCCUCAGGGGGAAGGACCAAGUGUCUCCCAGACCAAAACUGCAAAAAAAGAGCAACUGAAUGCUUUGGAAGAAGACAACGACCCAUGGCGGCUUCUUAAAGAACAAGAAGAACGGAAGAAAUGUGUCAUUUGCCAGGAUCAAACCAAGACAGUCCUCUUACUGCCCUGCCGGCACCUUUGCCUGUGCCAAGAAUGCACUGAGAUCUUACUGCAGCAGGCCAUUUAUCAACGGAACUGCCCGCUGUGCAGACAAAUGAUCUUGCAGACUCUCAAUGUCUACCUGUGAGCUCCGGAGGAAGCAGCUUGAUCUCCUUCCCACGUGCUUUUUGCCAAAGCACAAGAGGUCCCUGGCCUAUGGACCUCUGUAACAGCUGGUAAAGGCUCUCGGUGUCAACACUGAGUACCCCCCCACUUUUUAAAAAAUAUUUCCAGGGACACUAGUUGCAAUUAGCGGAACCUGAAAAAUGCUAUGAAUAGUUUCUUUGCACUUCUGUUUUUAUGGUUUGUUGCUUUCAUAAGGGAAAAAGAAAACACCCCGAUUGCUGAUCACAGCUAAUAGUUGGGAAACUUCCUGUUGUGAGAGGUGGGUGGCGAAAUCAUGCACCAUAUUCCGAUGUGAGGCUAAAAGAGUCUUAACGGCUGUUUUUCAUCCAGGGUACAAAAAGCACAGGUGCUGGAUUCCCAAUAUGUUGGGUUUUCUAUCAGUUGGUGUUUGGAACAAAGACAUCUAUAGGAUGAACAGGUCUGAAAAUAUGAAUAAGAUAAUUCUGCUUCUAUUAUUGGAGUCAGAAUGUCUCCUGCCACUCUUUUUAUUUUUUAAAGUUCAUUGUAACUUCACCUUUGGAUAAUUUUAUUGAUCUCUGUAGAACAUUGCCUGACUCACGUAACACACUUAUUAUUAAGUUCUGCUUCUAGAGAAGUCUAUACUUCCAAACCUUAAUCUUGAGCAAGAGUUUGGUGUCUACCCACCGAAGGGGAUGUUAACCUUGUGUGCAUUUAUCACAGCCACACAUUGUAAAGUUUCACAAGGCACAACUAACGCCUUAGAUUCUAGCUCUUACUGACCAUCUCGAUGUCCAGUUUUAUGCCAUUAGUCCAAAUAUUAUUUCCAAGACUGUGUGUAUGUUUGUCCAGAUUCCUGAGAAAAUAAGCUGGACACCGAAUGUGUAACUGUAAGAGCACAUAGAUGCUUCGUUGAUUAGCUUAUUACACUUAAGGAAGAUCGUAUUCCAUCCACCGGCAUGCAAUUUCCACAGGUUAUCUAUGCAAAAUAGUACAUUCCAGCUCUAUUGCACAACUCUUAAUUCCCUUCUUCCCUCCUCUUUUGAGGAUAAUUUUGGGGAACCUAAUAGUACCAACUACAGUCUGCUAGCUAGCAAAUGGAAGCAGCAGCGGAAGGUAAAAGUGAAACUGAUAGAUUGGGCCAGUGAAAAGGCAUUUUACAAUUCCUAGUCUGCACUGGUUUUAGAACAUGGUGAAGUAAGUUCUAGAUGUCAGAAUUUAAUUCUGGAAAGCAGAAUUGCUGGGGAUUUUAAGGAGACAUUGUAGAUCACGGGGUGUCCAACCUUGUUGAUUGAGGAAUUCUGGCUGUCCACAGGUCUUCAAGCUACCAAGGUCAGAUGCCCCUUUUGCAGAUCCUGUAAGGGUAAUUCUAACGAAAGAAGGCAGUUGUGAUUACAAUGGUUUGCUUGGGUGAAGAGAGAUCAUUGUUUUCAGAGGCAGUCAUUAAAAAUCCACAGGACUGCUUGGAAGGCCACCCCAACUGUGCCAAUUGUCGGGCGAUUAAGUGCACCAUCUAGUAGAAUCAGUUGUUUUCUUUAAUGUUUGAAUCGGGGAAAAAAAUAUUCAGGCUGAAAUCCCGAAGAUCUUUGUUCUGGGAUUUGUUUUUUUUUUUUCUUUUUUUGGAACGGCUGAAUUAUUGAUAGCUGUUCCGCCUCUAAAUGGAACCUGGUUGAAACCGCAGCUCGAAGUGGCUGGAUCCCAGCUAUGCAAAUGGGCCGAAUUGCAGAAGCCUUCGCAGAGUAGAGGUUUGAGAACGUGGCACCUUUUUCCUUGGAAUCCAACCCUGCUGAUUUUAAGAAGCGUCUCUUUUUCCAGGAAGGUUUUGCUGAGAAGGCUGAGACUCCCUGCGGAAAAGUUGGGUGUCGCUAACACAGGCUGGGAGGGCAGGGGUGGGGGCGGGGGCUCAGCGUCCGUCUUGAGUAACGCAUAUCAGAGCUCCCCUUUUGAGAUGUUGCUUGACAUAUCUUUGGAGAUUGUGCAAUUCAAGUCCAAAGCCUUCAGGGCACUAACUUGCCUUUGCACAAAGCAGAUUUUUUCCAGCAUUAAAAACAACAACCACACCACAGAGUUCCUAUCCUGCUAGAUUCGGAUGCUGAAUUCGGCUGUAAACAUUCUCAACAGCAGGUUUUGAAGGGCUAUCAGGUGUUCCGUCCAAAUUCAAGGAAGAAAUCUCUCUCUGUUGAGAAGAUUUACCAUCAAUUUGCAAGAGGAACAUUGUAUAAAGUACAAUUUGCUGCGGUCUGUGUCUCUCUGGUUGCAGGUGGAUGAGGAUUGCAGUCCAGGCCUUUGCUGUCCUUUGGCCAAUCUUGGCAACAUUUUUCCACCUACCUGAACCAUUUGUUCUCUUCAAAACAAAAGGAGGAGCUAUUUUUAUUCAUGGAUGCAACCUGGUUUUAUUUUUCAUCUGCAUCUGCAGCCAGGGAGACCUGAAAACUCCAGCCAUCAUCUACGCUUGUUUUUAAUUUCGUUUUACUUGAAAGUCUUCUGUUGUUUUGUUUUCUCUAAUCUGAUUUUAAACCUUAGAAUUAAAUUGGCAAAGCGGCGCUUAACUUGUAGCAGAGAACUAAACGGAGUUCCUUUCAUUUUGGGGGAGGAAAGCUGCAGGAUUCUCGGGAGCUGGAGUGGGUAAAACGAGGGAAUUGACUGAUUGCUAAACUUGAGUGCCUUAAUGCUGGCAGUGCUGAAGGCCUGUGCUUGUGGUGCCUGCAAAGGAGGAUCUGUUCAGGUCAGAGAAGAAAAAUCCAAUGUGAAUCACAGCAGGCUGGAUCCAGAGACACAACAUCAUAAAUAAAAUAGGCUGUACAGCUUCCAGAUUCAAAGAGGGAUCUGCUUUUUUUUUAAUAACACUUGUGCUUUUUGUAAAUGCCUCCUAUAAAUUAAAGACAGAGGCUCUAAAUAGACCUUGACCAUCCAGGAGUCAAGUUGAGGUGAUGGUUUAAAGCAGGAGCCUCCAAACUUGGGAACUUUUAAGAACUUUGGACUUCAGCUCCCAGAAUUCCCCAGCCAGCCGUGCUGGUCUAGGAGUUGGAAGUUCACAAAUCUUUAAAAUUGCCAUGUUUGGAGACCUCUGCUUGAAAGGCUUUUAGUGCCCCACCUGGGACAGCCCAAAGAUUUAGGUUCAUCUUCUCUAAAAGUUGCUAUUCUUUGGAGGGUGUGCUAAAGCAGGGGGUCUCCAACCUUGGCAACUUUCAGACUUGUGGACUUCAACUCCCAGAAUUCAACUCUGGGAGUUGGAAGUUCUCAAGUCUUUAAAGUUGCCAAGGUUGGCCUGUGCUAAACCAUCCUCCUGAACUUACUUGGGUUCAGGAUUGAAGAUAAUACCUUGUUGUUUAAUCCAGUCCUUUUUACCUGCAGACUAGGAAGAGAGUUCUCUGUUUUUGUUUUUUUUUAAUGUUUGAAGAUUUAAGGCUUUGCACGUCCUGAUCUGUACUUGAGGAUUUAAGAGAAGUUAGAAUAAAAUAUAUUCUUCCUUGCCUGUUCCAGCUG